CUUAUUUUGUUUGUUACAGAAUUGAUGAUCAAUGCAAUAUUAAUCAAUUCUACCAGCCAUGAGUAAAAGUCAAAAGAAGUUAGAAGCUCGAGUGGCGAGGAAAUCUCCGAGGAUUAAUCAGUUUCAGGAAGUUGCUCCGUUGGAGUCCAGAGGAAAACAGAAUCAAAAUCUUCAGAAGUCAAAGCCUCAGAGAAAGAACGAAAUGUUCAUUGAGGAUGUGUAUGAGAAGUCUCAGAGUGCGAAAGAUAUGAUUCGAGGCAGCACAGGGCUUGUGUACGACACUCGUAUGGUGAAGCACAGGUGUCUGUGGUACCCAGCUCAUCUCGAGUGUCCAGACAGAUUCAUGAAAACAUUAGACAGAUGUGAGGAGCUCGGACUGGUGAAGCGCUGUCAACCGGUUGAUGUCAGAGAAGCUACCGAGACUGAACUGCUGACGUGCCACACUCAGGCUCACAUCGAUCGGCUUAGAGAGACAAACAACAACCACGAUGUGGACCAGAUGGAACAGUUAGCAUCUAAAUUCGAUGCCAUCUACAUUCACCCAGAAACUUUCAACUUGGCUCUAUUGUCAGCUGGUUGCACCAUACAACUUGUCCACGAAGUUUGCAGUGGCACGGUUCAAAAUGGAAUGGCUAUUGUGAGGUGGGUUGGACAUCAUGCAAUGCACAACGAAUUCUGUGGCUACUGUUACUUCAACAAUGUGGCGUUGGCGGCCCGACACGCCCUGGACAAUCUGGGUCCUCUCCGCAGAAUUCUGAUUGUGGACUGGGAUGUUCAUCAUGGGCAGGCGACACAACAGAUGUUCUAUGAUGAUCCCAGAUUGUUUUAUUUCUCUAUUCAUCGCUACGAGCAUGGUGAGUUCUGGCCGAACUUGCGUGAGUCAGAGUAUGACUAUGUAGGAGAGGGCCAAGGCGCAGGCUACAACUUCAACGUUCCCCUCAACGCUGUCGGCAUGGCCGAUGCCGAUUAUCUGGCGAUCUUCCAUCAGCUUCUGUUACCGAUGGCCUCGGAGUUUCAGCCAGAGUUGGUGAUAAUCUCAGCUGGCUAUGAUGCUGCCGUUGGAUGUCCUGAGGGAGAAAUGGCAGUGACACCAGCGUGUUAUGCACAUCUAAUAUCAUCUCUAAUGGCACUGGCUUCUGGAAAAGUUGCUGUUAUAUUAGAGGGUGGCUACUGUCUACGGUCACUGGCAGAAGGUGCAGCUCUCACACUGCGGGCUCUCCUGGGUGAUCCAUGUCCGAACCUGCCUCCACUCUCUGCUCCCUGCCCCAGCAUCCAGACAACCAUACUGAACUGCAUCUACAGCCAUCGGCAGUUCUGGCAGUGCUUUCAGUGGCAAGGGAGUUAUCUGGCAGCAGACCGAGAUCCAGAGAGUGAAGGCCAACACUGGCCUGAAGUACAUUUCAGGUACAGUGGACCUGCUCACCUGGAAGUGUAUCCCACCCGGGAUACGUGUCCGGUCCAGUCCCAGGACACAGUAGACCACAUCAACCGUACCCUGGAUCAUCUCAUAGCAGAAACAAAACUUUUCAAAACAAAGCAUGAUGUUUGUUUUGUAUAUGACGCAUUAAUGAUGGAACACAAAAAUUUGAAAGACACGUCACAUCCAGAGAGACCUACUCGUAUUCUCAGGAUCUUUGAGAAGCAUUUAGAGUUCAACCUGCACAAUAGACUGUUCAUGCUGCAAAGCAGAUCUGCGUCUAGGGAAGAAUUGCUAUUAGUCCACAAAGCAGAGUAUCUGAAAGAGAUGGAAGAGCUGUGUGCCUCGACUGAACAAAUGACAGAUGAUGUAAAACAUCAACAUUAUGUACUAGAGAAGAAGAACUCAGUUUAUGUACACCCCAAGUCAUACAAGUGCGCAAGCUUAGCUGCCGGAUGCUUGCUGCAGGUAGUGGACAGCGUUCUGCAAGGCGAGAGCAAGUCUGGGGUAGCACUGAUCAGACCGCCAGGUCACCACGCGGAAUCGUACGAAGCUUGCGGCUUUUGUGUUUUCAACAACGUCUCUGUUGCUGCAAAAUAUGCAAUUAAAAACUAUGGUCUAAAAAGGAUUUUAAUACUAGACUGGGAUGUCCAUCAUGGAAAUGGGACACAAAGGAUAUUCCUGUCAGAUCCGCAGGUGUUGUACAUGUCCAUACACAGAUACGAUCACGGGACCUUCUUUCCGUGCUCGGAGGAUGCCGCAGCUACAGUUGUAGGCUCUGGCGCUGGUAUGGGCUUCAAUGUCAACAUUCCAUGGAAUCAGAAAGGGAUGGGGAAUGCAGAGUAUGUGGCAGCCUUCCACCAGGUGGUUCUGCCCAUAGCCUACCAGUUCGCACCUGAGCUGGUCCUUGUGUCUGCAGGAUUCGACGCUGCAGUGGGUGACCCAUUAGGAGGAUGCAAGGUGUCACCGGAAGCUUACGGUUUGAUGACAUCAUGGCUGGCUCCCCUAGCGAUGGGUAGAGUGAUCCUAUGCCUCGAAGGAGGAUAUAACCUGACCUCCAUCUCCCACUCGAUGACAAUGUGCACCAAGGCUCUGCUGGGAGAUCCUGUACCCCUGGUGGACCUGCACUUGCCUAUCAAGGCAUCAGCUGCAACAGACCUCAAGACAGUACUCACUGUUCAGACCAAAUACUGGUCGGCACUGUGCUUCAAUAAAACCUUCCCCAAAGAAGACGUCCUCGGUGAGGUGAAGAUCAAGGAAACCGUUCCCGCAACAAAUAACAAAGAACUGGCAGACAGACUUGCAGCUCCAGACAUGAAUAUUGAUAAGAAAGAAAAAGAAAACGACCUGCAAGACCUUGAACUUAAGUUCAGUUCUGUGAUGUCCAUUUCAGAAGAUCGUAUAGCUAAUAAGGAGACAGUGAGUCCAAACAGUUCAGGGCAUGAUACGCUUGUAAAGCAAGUCCCUAAUGAAGAAGGACAGCAACCAUCUAGCAGCACUUGUAGAGAUGAAACUCCCCAACCAGGGUCUUCUCAGAGCUCCUUGGCCAGUAGAGAGGGAAAGCAGAUGUUGAUCUCAGUAACCCUUGACACCAUCUUAACGGAACUAGGCAUGGAUGAAGGGUUCGCAGUACAUCCUCGACAUGACUGUCCUCACCUCCCAGCCGUCACAGGUGUACCAACUACAGGCAUCAGCGUCAGCUCACCUUGCUCGGACUGUACUCCUGACACUGCCACGCAGGAGAAUUGGAUAUGUCUCACAUGUUACUCUGUCCGCUGCGGUCGAGUGGUCAAAGAACAUAUGUUGUUCCACUCUGCUGAGUUGUCACAUCCGAUUGUACUGGGCUUCGAGGAUCUCUCAGUCUGGUGCUAUCUCUGCGAAUCUUACAUCGAAAGUCCUGUUCUUUACGAAGCAAAAAAUGCAGCUUACAUGAGUAAAUUUGGAGAAACAAUGCCCAACAUCUACCCCGAAUGACACAGCUUUGUUUACGGAAAUGAUCAAUCUUGUUAUAUUUGUUUAAUUUAUUUAAAUAUUUUUAAAAUGUGUUAGCAAAUAAGUUUUUACUUACCCAAAAUAAUAUUAAAUGCAAGAGAAAAAUUAUAUUGACCUGUAGUGUAAAUGUUGUUAUGUUUAAUAUUUUAAUAUAUUUUUACUUUUAACCGAUUCCUGCUGUGGCCUGAUAACCAAUUUAAGUACUGAAAAAAAUUACCUUUUACUACCAAAUACGUAACGCACAGUUGUAGUACAAAUAAUAUAAUAUACGAAAGUUCAUAGUUCUGUACAUAUGCCUUUUAAUUAGUUUAUGAGAUUUUAUUAUAAUAAUGUACAGUAUAUGCUUGUAUAUAAGUUAUAUAACAAUAAUGAAUGUGAUAAUAAAUGUUGGAUUAGAGGUUAUUUUUGCCAUUCAAAACUGAUUAUCAUCCUUUUAUAUUGAUGAAAAUAUUUUAAAAAAAUUAGAUGGGUAAUUGUGAAAUGAACACAAAAUAGUAAUUGUUACAAUUGUGUCAGUAUUGUACUUGAAAGAAGAUUAUUAGAAUGAUGUGGAAAACUUAAUCCAAAAGUACUUAAUCUAAUUAUUGUUAGUAUUUCCUUAAACAGGAAUUGUCAUCGAGUCUGCCCAACCUCUAUAUUUUAUAUUAUCACUUGAAACAAUACCACCAUUCAAACGUUUAUGAUUUAAAAACAUGUAUUGUUUAAUCAAAUUAUUUUUAUUUAGAUAUAAGUAGUAAUUAUAAGCACAAUAUUAUUGUCAAAAAUGUUUUUGCUGACAAUUAAUGUAGGUGUUCAUGUAUGUGUAUAUGUUGUGUAUAACGUUGAUCUCAAAGAGAUGAUUGGUCAGUUGAAGAUUAGCCCAAGUCAUAUGACAACCCUCCACAAAAAGCACUUAGUUUCCGAAUUGACACUGUCGUGAAAAUAGCAAAAUUAGCUAUUUUAGCUGAGUGUUUUAUGCAUUACUGCUGUAAAACUAUAAUUUAUUUGGUGACAAAAUAGUAAAAAUUAGUUCAAAAUUACCAGAGUGCUAUUAUUAUUAUUAAAUGUGCAAAUAGUAAGAAUUAUUAUAACCUGUCAAUUUGUAUGUUUAAUCAAAUUAAACUAGGUACAGAAUAUUUUAUGUUCUGCUACAUGAAUUGAAUAUUGAUUAUUUCUAGUACAUUAAAACUGUAAUUAAUUUUCUUUUAUGACAAAAUAGUUGGCACGGAAAUCUAGUUUGAUUUAAUAAUAUAAGUAGUUCUAGAAUUUUUUGUUGCAGUAGUGCAUAUAUUUCAUGCACUAAAAUAUAUAUUAAAAUGUCACUAAAAUAGCAAAUAAAAAAAUUUAAAAUGUAUUGAUAUCUCAAAAAUUACAAUAUCUUUAUUUUUAUUAGCUUAUAAAAUUUCUUUCGGAUCGACUGAUUUAUCACUUCUUUGAAUGGGAUACCAUAAAUAUUGAAAGACUGUUCUCAAACAUAUUCUCAACAUAAUAAUGUGUAAACUUGCAGAGUACACAAGAAGUGUCAGAAGUGAGUAAUGAUAUUAAUACAACUUUCAUACAAUGAUAUUAAUACAUGUAGUGGUUGAUUUAACUCCAAUGUAACAUAAGGUAAAUAAAAAUAGAAUAAAUGAUUCAUAAAAUAUUGUA